CGCUGCGGGGGCGGGGCCUGUUCCCGCCCCGCCCCCUGCCGCCGCGCCGCUGGGGCACCGAGGUGUCGCCGCCCCGUCAGCGAGAGGCCGCCGCGCCGGACCCGCGAGGGGGGGCCCGAGCCCCCUCAGGGGCCGCCCGCGCCCCCGAGGGGCGGCCGCCGCCGCUCAGAAUGGCACAAAAGAAGUAUUUAAUAGCAAAACUGACAAGUUGCUUAAGAGAAGACAAAAUUCAGCUGUGGAAACCACCAUAUACAAAUGAAAAUAAAGAAGCUGGUGAAGAAAUGAAGGAGCUUGUACAAAAAUAUGCAUCCAAGCUGAAUAUCAAUAAGAAUGAUACAGAGAGCAUGCUUGAAGAAAUACGAUGUAAAGCAAUUGAGCGUGGAACAGGAAAUGAAAAUUUUAAGGUGACUGGGAUUGCGAGGCUUGAUAUAUAUCUGCCACGUAGAAAAAGCAGAAAAAUCCCACUGGAAACUAACCUGUUUAUCACAGGCAAAGAACUCAGAUCACAGAUAGCACAAGAACACGCAUUCAAAGAAAAUGCUAUCAAAAUAAUCAUAAAUAAGAAGCAGCUUGACCUGGGAAAAACCUUGGAAGACCAAGGUGUAACACACAAUGCAAAAGUUAUGGUACUGCAGCUGGAACAGAGCGAUGAGGAAACUAAAAGAAAAGUUCAGGAAGAAGAACUACAGCGUCAGAAAGAAAAAGAAAUAAGUGACAAGAUGCAAAGAACUAAGAAGGGUUUGGAAAUUCUAGCAGAGAGAGAGGAGUACUUAGAUCCAGACUCUACUCCAUACCUAGAUAUAGCUAAUCAGACUGGGAGGUCGAUCGAGAUUCCUCCUCAAGCUAAAAAAGCACUUGUGCUGGCAAUGGGUUAUCAUGAAAAGGGCAGAGCAUUAAUGAAGAAAAAAGAAUAUGAAAUAGCACUGCCAUAUUUGUUGGAUGCUGAUAAACACUUCUGUGAGUGCAGCACAGAUCUGCUCAAUACAGUUGAUAAUUAUGCAGUAUUGCAGCUGGAUAUAGUGUGGUGCUACUUCCGCCUGGAACAGCUGGACUGUCUGGAUGACGCAGAGAAAAAGCUGACCACAGCCCAUAGGUGCUUCAAGAGGUGCUAUGGGGAAAACCAUGAAAGACUUAUUGAUAUCAAAGGAAGCUAUGGUCGUGAGAAGGUUUUAUUUCUAAGGCUUUACCUUCUCCAAGGGAUAGGACACUAUCACAGUGGCAGAGAAAAGGAGGCUGCUGAGUAUAUUCAGAAGGCAUCUGGUUUAUAUGAAGAGCUGUCCAUAGAUCCUGAAAAAGUUGAUCGCCUGUCACUUCUGGGAUUCUCUGAACAGGAAGCUCGCCUUGCCCUGCGAGCAUGCCAUGGGAACGUGGAGCAUGCUGCCAAUCUUAUAACCAACAGGAGAGAGGAAAAGGCACAAAUAAGGAGGGAGGAGAGAGCUAAAAGGCGGCAGCGACAGGAAGACAUAAAUACCCUGAAGAGCAUGGGCUAUUCAGAGAGAGCUGCUCAAAUAGCUCUUCAUCAAGCACAAGGAAAUGUGGACCAAGCCUUUAAGUUUAUUCUUGACAAUCCUGAGUUAUUGUUGGAAAAUGAUGACGAUGAUCCUGUGGCCAUGGACCAGCUUCAGGUUUCUCAGGAAAGUAUUGAUCAAUUGAUGUACAUGGGUUUCAGCCAUGAGUCAGCAGAGCAAGCAUUAAAAGUCUUUAAAGGCAACAUCCACUUAGCUUCCCAAACCCUUGCUCAUUAUGGAGGAGUUCUUCCUGCUUCAUUGCUGCUGUCUCCAGAAGGGUCCAGCUCAUCAGAAGAAUCAACUUCAUCGAAAGACUCACCUACAGAGUCUGCAGGUUCUUCUAGUUCCCCAACAGAUGAAGACAUGGAGACUGAUGCAGUCAAUGAAAUCCUAGAGGAUAUUCCUGAACAUGAAGAGGAUUAUCUGGAUUUAACACUGGAGGAGGAGGAACAGAUCAUUCAUGAAUACUUAUCCUAUAUACAAGUACCACAGCAUUAAAUCCUAUUACAUCUGCUUCAGUUAUAUGCAUUUACCUUGGCAAAUUGAGUUUGGAUUAUAAAUGCAUCUUCAGCUUAUCUUUUACUAAAUGCCUUGAAUUCAGUUAAACUACAGGUAAAUCACUUAAUUCCUGCUUAUUUAUAAAUCUGCUUAAAAGCCUACAUUUGUGAUACAUCAUAAUUUAUUGUCAUAGCAGAAAAAUAGAAACAUUUAUUUUCAGAAGAAAAUUUAAUAGAAUUAACUAUAUUUUUAUUGUUGUGAAAUAAGUUAAUUCACUUAGUAUACAAGUAAAUAAGCAUUUCUACACCAUUUUAAAAUACCAGCUUUAAAAAAUAUUUAUAAAUCAGAAGCCUAGCUGAUGAGCUAUAUAGAGCUAUCAACUUACAAACUGGUUUUGUUUUCUUCUGAAAGACUUCUCAUUUAUGUGUAUCCGUUGUGCAUGGAUUUAUACUGCAUUUUGCUUGUCACUUCAUGCAGGUGUUACAGAGCCAAUAAAGAUGACUAUAUGCUG